CUAUUGUCUACCAAAGUCCUUAAUUCGCAUAGAGAGGUUCCUUUGGCGAUCAUCUGCGAUGAAUACGGUGGGGGAAAGAUAUUUGGGAACGGUGGAGAUGGCUGAGGCUCCGUACAUGACGGCCAAAACGUCAGUGUGGUGGGACAUAGAGAGUUGUCAAAUCCCAAGGGGUUUCGAUGCUUAUGGAAUAGCUCAGAAUAUUGGUUCGGCGCUUGAGAAGAUGAACUACUGUGGUCCAAUCUCAAUCUACGCAUAUGGGGAUGUGAGUCGUAUCCCUCCGACAAUCCAGCAUGCCCUUUACUCCACCGGAAUUGCGCUUAACCAUGUCCCAGCCGGUAAUAUUCAUUUAAAACCCUUAUCCCUUCCUUUUUAUGUUUGUUUGAUGUGUGUGGAUGUUCUUCCAGGAGUCAAAGAUGCGAGUGAUAAGAAGAUUUUAGUGGACAUGUUGUUGAGGGCAGUGGACAUUCCUGCACCCGCAACUUUUAUGCUGAUCUCAGGAGAUAUAGACUUUUCCAAUGCUCUUCAGCAAUUAAGGGUGAGACGUUACAAUAUUAUCUUUGCACAGCCUCAAGAAGGGUCAGCGCUGCUAGUUCAUGCUGCAAGGACAGUAUGGCUUUGGACAAGCCCCCUCAGCUGGAGGAAGCCCUCCCACACAAAGCGGAAGCUCACAACUUGUUUCCAAUGAGACAACUAGUCCUAACAAUCAGUACCCUUAUUCUAGCAGACCGGUACCUUCACCUGUUCGACAGCCUAACCCUAACCCGGGUCCUUUUCCUGUUCGAAGGCCUAACGCUGACCCUUCUGGAAGCAGUGGAAAUAGGAUCCCAAAUCAAGCUCAGAAUAAUAGUCCCACUGCUGCUAGGCAAUGUUUUCUUCGAUCUUCCCCCGGAGAAUCUCUUCCUAAUACUCUUCUUAUGUAUGUUAUGUCUGAUUUUGAUCAAGGUAAGCUUUUUGAUGAUGAUUUUUUUUCAUUUAAUGAUUUUGUAUAUAUUGGAUUUUUCACUUUAAAUUAGCUUCUAGGUUUUUUUAUUAGCAUUUCAUAUCAACAAUUGUAGACUAGUGUUGAUAUGUGAUCCAAUAAAUUUGAUCCAUAUCGCUUUUAUUCACUGAUAACUCCUAGAGAAUUUGAUGAUUUAGCUGUAUAUACGCUUGACGGACUGAGUAGUUGCUUGAACUUUUAUGAAUACAUUAUUCGAUCUUUUUAGUCCUAACUUAGGUCCCACUGUCUUGAAGAUGGUUUUCUUGGAGGUGCAGAUUGCCUAAGAUUGUACGUAGUUGACAGGGGAACUCAAAUGACAAGGAAACUUUCUCCUUUCUAUUUUUCUUACGUCGAGAAAAUGUUCUGUGGGGACGGGAAAAAAAAAUAGAGAAAAUGAUAAAUCUAUCUGAUCUUAACGACACGUGGCAUUUUGAGGGAUUAAAGAAGAUCCAAUAUACGAUAGUUACACAGUAAUUAGGUGUAUCUUUCCGCACUAGAACAAAGUCUCCAAUUGACAACAUCCAGUCCAGGGCCGAUCUGCUAAUCUUUCUUCUCAA